AUGUGGGUGAAGCUGUGCUGUUUGCUGCUCUACUUCCUGGCGCUCUUCGUCCUGGCCAGGGUGUUCGAGGCCGUGGCGUGGUACGAGAGCGGUUUCCUCGCCACGCAGCUGGUGGAUCCGGUAGCGCUGAGCUUCAGGAAGCUGCGGACCAUCCUGGAGUGCCGGGGGUUGGGAUACUCGGGGCUGCCCGAGAAGAAGGAUGUGCGGGAGCUGGUGGAGAAGUCAG